AUGAGUUCAACAAAUACAGAUGAAGAAGAAGAAGAAGAAGUAUUAGUAGUUAGUAGUGAUCAGCUGAGAAGAGGGCCAUGGACUGUUGAAGAGGACUUCACCCUCAUCAACUACAUAUCUCUUCAUGGUGAAGGCCGCUGGAAUUCUCUUGCUCGCUCUUCUGGUCUAAAGAGAACCGGAAAAAGCUGCCGGUUGCGGUGGCUGAACUAUCUCCGCCCGGACGUCCGGCGUGGGAACAUCACUCUCGAAGAACAGCUCAUGAUUCUCGAACUCCACUCCCGAUGGGGCAAUCGGUGGUCGAAAAUCGCGCAACAUUUGCCUGGAAGGACAGACAACGAGAUCAAGAACUACUGGCGAACGCGGGUCCAAAAGCACGCCAAGCAACUCAAGUGUGACGUGAACAGCAAGCAAUUCAAGGACACCAUGCGCUACCUCUGGAUGCCGAGGAUCGUCGAGAGAAUCCAGGCCGCCGCAUCUUCCGGCACCACCGGAAACCCGGCUCCGGCGGCCACUUACCAAUUCAACUACAACAACAAUAAUAACAUGGGUGGCCUUGCCGAUCAGAGUGUCGUGAUGCCGGGUCAGGCGGCGGCCGCCGGAGUCCGUAGCUGCACGCCGGAAAUUUCCAGCGCCGCCGCCUCGUCGGAUUCGUUCGGGACGCCGGCGUCCGACAUGACCGAGUGUUACAAUAAUUAUCCGAUCAAUCAGGAAAACGACAAGAAUAAUAAUAGGUAUAUUUGUAAUAAUCAGGAUUACUAUCCGGUGGUGGGCGGCGUCGGCGUCGGCGCCGGCGAUGUUUGCUACCAGUCGUCGUUGAGUAGCCCGGCGGGCUAUUUCGAUCAGGGGACGUUGGAUUUCGUGGAGCAAAACAGCCAGUGGAUGGACGGUGGGGAUGCGUCCGAGAGUUUUUGGAACGUGGACGACACGUGGUUCUUGGAGUCGCAGUUCAACGCCAACGUUUAA